AUGCUCCAUAGAGCCGUUGACUUCCGUCCUUCCCUUCUGCCGGUUUUCUUAUUCCAAUCUAUAAUUCACAGUUUCAUUGGUUAAAAAUUACACCGUGACAUAAGACUUAAUUCAGUCCUGCCAACGUUUUAAUAUUUCUACAGUUCUCACUUAUGUAAACCAUAAAUUUACUCCAUUCUUUUUGGUACGUCGUCUCCUCCUGAUUGCGAAUUUUGUGUGUCAAUUUUGCCAUUUCAGCGUAUUCAACCAACUUUAUCUGCCAUUCCCUUACAGUCGGAAUCUCCUGUGACUUCCACUUUUGGGCUAUCAAAACUCUAGCUGCUGUUGUUGCCUACAAAUAUAAUCUUUGGUCUGUCUUCUUAGUAUCUUCUCCCACCAAGCCUAGCUUUUUGGAAAAGUAUAUUUAAACGUCUUUUUCUCGCCCGUUUUCUUCCAGGGUGCAAUAGUGGAGAAGAGGAUUCUCGCCAAAGUCCACAGCCGAUUCAUCGUCACCCUGGCGUACGCCUUCCAAACCAAGAAUGACCUCUGCCUCGUCAUGACGCUGAUGAACGGAGGAGACCUCAGGUGGGAGACCCUUUUGCGGGGCAAAAAUGUCGGGGUCGUGCUCUCCAAACUGGACCGGAAAGUUCUGCCUGUAGUGCGGCCAACACAGAGAUACAACACAGACAUCUUCUGUCCCGGGUCAUUUUUACAGAUUCUGCCACCGGAGAUCUUAGAUCAGGGGUCAGCAAACUUUUUCAGCAGGGGGCCGGUCCACUGUGCCUCAGACCUUGUGGGGGGCCGGACUAUAUUUGGGGGGGGGGUGAAUGAAUUUCUAUGCCCCACAAAUAACCCAGAGAUGCAUUUUAAAUAAAAGCACACAGUCUACUCAUGUAAAAACACGCUGAUUCCCGGACCAUCCGCGGGCCGGAUUGAGAAGGCGAUUGGGCCAGAUCCGGCCCCCGGGCCUUAAUUUGCCUACCCAUGUCUUAGAUCUUAGUGGGGUAGGAUUGUGGGGGGGGGGGGUGUGUCACAUUAUUGUUAUUAACAAGAACAAGAACAAGAACAAUAAUAAUUUAUUAUUUAUACCCUGCCCAUUUGGCUGGGUUUCCCCAGCCACUCUGGGUGACUUCCAACAAAAUAUUAAAAAUACAAUAAAACAUCAAACAUUAAAAACUUCCCUAAACAGGGCUGCCUUCAGAUGCCUUCUAAAAGUCAGAUAGUUGUUUAUUUCCUUGACAUCUGAUAGGAGGGCGUUCCACAGGGAGGGUGCCACCACCGAGAAGGCCCUCUGCCUGGUUCCCUGUAAGUUCACUUCUCGCAGGGAGGGAACCGCCAGAAGGCCCUCGGUGCUGGACCUCAGUGUCCGGGCUGAACGAUGGGGGUGGAGACGCUCCUUCAGGUAUGCAGGGCCUUUGAGGCCGUUUUGGGCUUUCAAGGUCAGCACCAACACUUUGAAUUGUGCUCAGAAACGUCCUGGGAGCCAAUGUGGGUCUUUCAGGACUGGUGUUAUGUGGUCUCGGGGGCCGCUCCCAGUCUGAAAACCAGCGCACCUCUUUCGUUUCAGAUAGUACACAGGAAGGGACACAAAUUUUCACGGCCCUCUAGCCAUGGCUCAUUUACCAGAAGCAAUGUAUUUAGUGUUAACUCUGGAAGUCUGUACAGUGGUACCUUGGUUAAUAAACUUAAUUUGUUCUGGAGGUCCGUUCUUAAUCUGAAACUGUUCUUAACCUGAAGCACCACUUCAGCUGAUGGGGCCUCUUGCUGCUGCCGCGGUGCAAUUUCUGUUCUCAUUCUGAAGCAAAGUUCUUAACCCGAGGUACUAUUUCUGGGUUAGCAGAGUCUGUAACCUGAAGCGUAUGUAACCCGAGGUACCACUGUAUUCAGUUCUGACCAAAAUAUCCCGGUGGAUAUUUUGCUCUGUGGGCAUUCUGCGUUUCGGAAACGUGCGACGGGAUUCGAUUUGGGACUUUGCCUCCCUUCCCAGGUACCACGUCUACAACGUCGAUGAGAAAAACCCCGGCUUUUCAGAAUCCAGGGCGAUCUUCUAUACGGCUCAGAUCAUUUGCGGCCUCGAACACCUCCAUCAAAACCGCAUCAUCUACCGUGACCUCAAGCCAGAGAAUGUCCUUUUGGAUGAUGCAGGUAAUGGAAGUAACACACUGAAAGAUCCAGGACUGGUAAAAGGGAGGAAUUUUCCAUGUCUGGUUAAACUGCGGAACUCCCCGCCACAGGAGUGGCCUCCAACCCGAUGGCUUCCAACAUUCCCAAAUAAGUGUAACUUUUCAUUUCCGUUUCCAAAUCCUGUCAAUCGGUUCCUUAUGAUGGCUUCUUAUUUCUCUCGCCCUCCCCCCCCCCCCGAUUCAGGACAUGUGCGGCUGUCAGAUUUGGGCCUGGCGGUGGAACUGGCAGAAGGGAAAGACAAGACCAAGGGCUACGCGGGCACACCAGGUGGGCACACCGUUAUUCAGGGUCCUCCUCUUCAGCUGCAGUUCCUGCGAUUUAGCUGCGACUCCUGCUUCACAGCGGGUUGGGCUAGAUGACCGCUGGGGGGUCCCAGCUCUGCAGUUCUGUGAUUCUGCGGUUCUUCCUCUCUCCUUUCCCUGCAGGGUUUAUGGCCCCGGAACUCCUUAAGGGAGAGGAAUACGACUCGAGCGUGGAUUACUUUACGCUGGGAGUAACCCUCUAUGAGAUGGUCGCCGCGAAAGGACCUUUCCGCAGCCGCGGGGAAAAAGUACGGCAUUUAUUUUAUUUUAUGCCAUCAGAUUUAUACACUCCUUUUCUUCCUAAUGUCUCAACAAAUGAAACUGAUUUGUAAAAAUGUUACAUGGGAAAAAAUACAAGAGACAUUACACAUACUUCUGUAAAACAAGAAAAUCUUUAAUAAAAAAAAAUUAAAAAUAAAAAUAAAAACUGUGGAAAACAGAAAAUCAAAUAUGGCAAUUGCCAUAUUUCAAGAAGUAAAAAUCCGCACACUAAAGUUAUUGAGCUUUUCUUGGGAAAUGGCCCAAAAAGUUGUUGAGCUCAAAAGUUAGAAUUCGCGCAAAAAAAGGCAGCGAAUGAUACUCAAACACACGCUUCCUGGUUCUGUUGGCAAAAACCCAGACAUUUUGCUGAUUUCCCAAAAAUUCCCCAGGAUGCUAAUUUCGACAUUUGAAUCCCGGGCAAGUACAGGAAAUUCUGGAUGUAUAGCAACCCAUUUACACAGAAGAUACAACAAUAGCAAGACUGGUAGACGAUAAUUUAAGACUUUUGAAAAGUUGAACUAACGCUAAAAGCAGAUCUUAUUUUAUUGAUUGCUUAUUAUACCUUGUUCUCCUCCGAGGAGUUGGAGAGAAAAAGUUUGGGUGCUUAGAUUAUUGCUAUUAGCCAAUAGCAUCUUUGCCCCCCCAUUUUUCUUAAUGUUGUAAUGUAUAUAAAACGGAGCUAACAAUCGUAACAGAUGAAAAACGAAACUAUAAAACAAGCACGAAGAACGAGUUCAGUCGCACGUGGGUUGAAAUAGCAAAGUCCAAGUACAGAUUAUCAGAUUAUUAUUCUAGUUAUCAAGUCUAGUUCCAGAUUCCCCAGGCUUGUAUUGAAAAUGAUCCUCUUGUAUAUGUGAUAAGGGAAUGCCAAACCAUCUUUAAAUUGUCUGCAGCCGUUGUCGAAAUCUCAAAACGUGCAUAGUUUCCCCCCCAUUGUUGCUCUAUUCCAGAGUGAGGGGCACCAAACGCCCGCUGUAAUAUUUUGGUCUGUUUUCGUUGAGCCACAAUUACUAUUUGAGCUGCCGAGAUCAUAUAUGCAUGAUCAAUUCUUUUGACAACAUACCUACGUCGGUGUCAUCAAAAAUAUUUGGCAGCAUCGAUUUUGGAUGACAGACAAUAGCUCCUUUUAGUAACGUUUAGCGUCAAAGCUAAAUUCCAGAAAUCUUGCACCAACUUGCAUUCCCACCAUAAAUGAGAAGCGGUGCCAAGUUUAUCGCAAAGCUCAGUUGGUAGAGAUUGAGACUCUUAAUCUCACGGUCCUGGGUUCGAAUCCCACAUGGGGCAAAAGAUUAUUGGGGGUUGGACCAGAUCACUCGCAAGUUCCUUUCCAACUUUCCAAUUCUAUGAUUCUAUGAAUUACUAAGUAAUAAAGAAGAAAAGAUUUUGGACGUGUACAAAGAGUGUGAUAAUCAUUGGGACCUUAACAGUGCUUUUUUUCUAUAUAUAUAAAAUGUUUAGGGGUACUCUCAUUUUUCUACUCAUAUUGAAUUAGGGACAUGAGUGGCGCUGUGGUCUAAACCACUGAGCCUCUUGGGCUUGGCGAUCGGAAGGUCGGCGGUUCAAAUCCCCACGACGAGGUGAGCUCCCGUUGCUCGGUCCCUGCUCCUGCCAACCUAGCAGUUCAAAAGCACACCAGUGCAAGUAGAUCAAUAGGUACCGCUCCGGCGGGAAGGUAAACGGCAUUUCCGUGCACUCUGGUUUCCGUCACAGUGUCCCGUUGCACCAGAAGCGGUUUAGUCAAAUAAACUGGAAAGCUGUCUGUGGACAAACGCCGGCUCCCUCGGCCUGAAAGCAAGAUGAGCGCCGCAACCCCAUAGUCGCCUUUGACUGGACUUAACCGUCCAGGGGUCCUUUACCGUUACCAUAUUGAAAUACUGCCCCUCAACAUUAAGAAAGUUGACCAAAGAUUAUUCAUGUAUGCUACGACUGCUGCCAUAAUUUUGAUAGCCCAAAAAUGGAAAACGCAGGAAUUACUAACCAGAUGAAGAUGGUUGAAUAUGCGGAAUUAGCAAAACUGACUCACAGGAUCCGCAAUCAGGAGGAAACAAAGUUCCAAAAAGAGUGGAGUAAAUUUAUGGACUAUAUAAGUGAGAACUGUAGAAAUUUGAAGACGUUAGGUAAAGGUAAAGGGACCCCUGACCAUUAGGUCCAGUCAUGACCGACUCUGGGGUUGCGGCGCUCAUCUCGCUUUAUUGGCCAAGGGAGCCGGCGUACAGCUUCCGGGUCAUGUGGCCAGCAGGACUAAGCCGCUUCUGGCGAACCAGAGCAGCGCACGGAAAUGCCGUUUACCUUCCCGCCGGAGCGGUACCUAUUUAUCUACCUGCACUUUGAGGUGCUUUCGAACAGCUAGGUUGGCAGGAGCUGGGACCGAGCAACGGGAGCUCACCCCGUCGCAGGGAUUCGAAUCACCGACCUUCUGAUUGGCAAGUCCUAGGCUCUGUGGUUUAACCCACAGCGCCACCCGCGUUGAAGACGUUAGCAGGGCUGAAAUAAAUCUUAUGUCAUGGUCUAGAUAUCACUAAGGAAUUGUGGAUCAGAGAUCGGAAUAAGAAAACCUGCGAAAGGGAGGGAGGGAAGUCAGUGCUCUGUAGAGCGAAAAGAAAGGUAGAUGUAAAAGGAUAUGAAAUAUUAGUGUAUUUUGUUUGUGCAUAUAAAAUGAAAACUUAAUAAAAAGCAUUUUAAAAAAAAUGCUGCCCCUCAAUGAGGCCAAACUUAGAUUCACAAUAUGUUUAGGGGUAUGUGUACCCCCAGGAAAAAAAGCACUGGACCUUAAUAUUCCCAAUGGGUACGAAUAUUAUGGUACUUAUUAUUAACAAAAAACGAGACCGUGUGUUUGUUUUAUAUCUCACAUAAAGAUUUUCCGCCUUUCUGCAUGCGAUGGGGCAGCAGAAAAAGCUUUUUAGAACAAGGUCCAGCACCUUUCUCCCUCCUGCCACAGGUAGAGAACAAGGAAGUGACGCGUCGCAUCCUGAACGAUCCUGUCACGUACCCGGAUAAGUUCAGCGCCGAGUGCAAGGCCUGCUGCGAGGGGCUGAUGAUGAAAGACCCGGCCGCUCGCCUGGGGUUCAAGGACAACGAAUGUGCAGAGUUGAAGAAGCACCCCGUUUUCCAGAAGAUAAACUGGGGCCGCCUCGAGGCAGGUAAGGACCUCCAGGCCAGGCGGUUGCGGUGGGGUUAAGUGGGAUCACCCGACUUCUGAGCCAUUACGCUAGCCAUAGCUGUCAACUGUCCCUUAUUUGGCGGGAAAGUCCCUUAUCCCAGCGCCUUGUCCCCCUGCAUCCCUUUUUGAUGAUGUCCCUUAAAUUUCCCAGGUUUCAAAGGAAGCAGCUCCUCUCCCUCCCUCCCUGCUGGCCAGGGAGGAGGGAGGCUCCAACUGUGUUGCUUGGCUGCGUUGCUCACCCAAUAAGGAGUCUGAGAACGACUGGGGGGUGGAGCUUGCAUGCCUUGUGCCAAUCAAAUCAGCCGCAUUGCCUGGGGACUCGCCUUUGCUCAGCGCUUCCCAGCGGAGAUGUGACGGUGGUUUUCCUUGCUGCAUCCCCUUUGCCGGGUUGCUGCGCUGUGGGAACCACCGCUUGAGGCUUCGUUUGGCUGCUGGCUGGGCUUUCUGCCUUUGGCUCAGAAGCUGAACAUACCUGUGCCCUGAAAAUCCCUUAUUUUGGCUGCUGAUCCCUUAUUUUCGAGGCUGCUGGUCCCUUGUUUUCAAAUCUGUAAGUUGACAGCUAUGACGCUAGCCCAGGAUUGAUGGGAGCUGUGGUCCAAAAUGUCUCAGAGGGCACAAGGUUUAAAACUUCCGGGAGUUAAAAGUGCAAUAGGCUUAGAUUAGAACUCGCACCAGCUUUCUAAGUGCUGUAAACAAAAUCUGACCUUAUUCCCUUAUGGGGGACACAUAGAGUCCUUUGCAGGUUCUCCAUCGGUUGGAGAAAACAACAGAGGCCAACCAGAGAAUAUUGAAAAGCAAAGCAGCUCGUAAGCCUGAUCUUUAUUGAUCUGUUGCAACAGGGUGAUCCCCUCACACGCAGGAAAGGAGGAGGACCCAGAAAAAUGGCGCGCAAGGCCUUAUAAAGACUUUUGAAAUUGCCACCCUGUAGAUCAAGACCAGGGACACGGGUGGCACUGUAGGUUAAACCACAGAGUCUAGGACUUGCCGAUCAGAAGGUUGGCGGUUUGAAUUCCCCGCGACGGGUGAGCUCCUGUUGCUCAGUCCCUGCUCCUGCCAACCUAGCAGUUCGAAAUCACGUCAAAGUGCAAGUAGAUAAAUAGGUACCGCUCCGGCAGGAAGGUAAAUGGCAUUUCCAUGCGCUGCUCUGGUUCGCCAGAAGCGGCUUAGUCAUGCUGGCCACAUGACCCAGAAGCUGUACGCCGGCUCCCUCGGCCAGUAAAGCGAGAUGAGCGCCGCAACCCCAGAGUCGGCCACCACUGGACCUAGUGGUCAGGGGUCCCUUUACCUUUAGAUCAAGACCACCCACCAGAUACAUGAUACCUACAUCACAGAAAAGGUGGUCUAAAACAGAAAUGUGAAUGUUGUUUUCCAGUUGUUUUUCCUGUUAUCUGAUUGCCUUUCCUGAUAGUCUGUCACCCAUUAAAAUGCUGAUUAGUUAAUUCCUGAGACAAUGGGAAGGCUCCCUGACCCCCUUCCCUCCUUGCAGGGAAAAUAUUUGGUCAAUUUGGGAAUUAAAAUGGUUUCUGGUCGGUCUUCCUGUGCUGAACCAUGUACGGUGGUACCUCGGGUUACAUACGCUUCAGGUUACAGACUCCGCUAACCCAGAAAUAGUGCUUCAGGUUAAGAACUUUGCUUCAGGAUAAGAACAGAAAUCGUGCUCUGGCGGCACGGCGGCAGCGGGAGGCCCCAUUAGCUAAAGUGGUGCUUCAGGUUAAGAACAGUUCCAGGUUAAGAACGGACCUCCGGAACGAAUUAAGUACUUAACCCGAGGUACCACUGUACGUUCUUGGUUGGUACACCUAUGAACAUUACCAUAUAUCUGAGCCCUCCAAAUUCCUAUCGCACUCCCUUCCCCCUUCCGCUUCAGGACUGGUGGAGCCCCCCUUCGUGCCGGACCCCAAGGUGGUCUACGCCAAAGACAUUGGCGAGGUGGGCGCUUUCUCCACGGUGAAGGGCGUCGUGCUUGACGAGACGGACAAAGCCUUCUACGACGACUUCUCCACGGGCAACAUCCCCAUCCCCUGGCAGGAGGAGAUGGUCGAGACGGGCGUCUUCGGAGAGCUCAACGUCUCUUGGGCCAAGGGCACCACCCCCAGGGAUCUGGACCGCAACGCACCUCCAACAAGCACCUCCAGCAAAUCGGGGACCUGCCUGCUGCUCUGA